AUGAAGCUCUUUGACGUGCUCUCGACCUUGGCGAUUUUGGCGGGCCAUGCUUUUGCUGCUUCGCGAACAUCGCCCCCCUCCGGUGCAAUCGUCGUUGCCAAGUCCGGCGGCCAGUAUACCACACUCCAAGCGGCUAUCAACGCAAUUUCGGCCAGCUCCACAGCAACUACCACAAUCUUCAUCCAACCGGGCACUUACUCCGGUCAAGUUUCCAUUCCCAGUCUCAGUGGCAAGCUUGUUAUCUACGCAUACACCACCAACGACCAGGACUACACUAAGAACCAAGUCAUCUUGACCAACACCCUCUCAGCUGCCGAUGCUGGAAGCAACGAUUUGUCCGCAACCCUGAGAGUUGCAACGAGCUACUUUAGCCUUUACAACGUCAACCUGAUCAACGGCUACGGAAAAGGAUCCCAGGCUCUAGCCAUCUCUGCAAAUGGCCAGUACCAAGCGUACUACGGCUGCAGCUUCGUCGGCUACCAGGACACGAUCUACACCAACAAGCCCCAUCAAGUCUACAAGAACAGCUACAUCGAGGGUGCGACUGACUUCAUCUUCGGCAACGACGGCAACGCUUGGUUCGAGAAGUGCACCAUCGCCAUCAACGGUGCCGGAUACAUCACUGCGAGUGGUCGCGAUAGCGCUGACGCCUACUGGUAUGUGAUCAACAAGGCCACAAUUGCUGCCAAGUCAGGUGCCGGUGUCUCCAAGGAGUCUACGGUAUUGGGUAGACCGUGGAGGGAAUACGCACGCGUCGUUGUCCAGAACUCGCAACUGAGCGACGUCGUUAAGCCUGUUGGAUGGUCUGCUUGGGGCACUAACCCCACCGCCAACGUUUACUACGCUGAAUACGGCAACACUGGGACUGGUGCUAGCGGCACGCGCGUGAGCUGGGCUAAGAAGUUGUCGAGUGCGGUUUCCAUUGACAUGAUUCUUCCGGGCUGGACUUCUUGGGUUGACACAACUUAUUGGAACUCCUCUUGA